UCCCACAAACCUAUGCACGUGUAGGACAGGGAAUGUUCGUACUUUCUUACAUUCUUUCUUGUAAUCUAACAUCCAGAAGCUCAACAUAUUUAUUUUGGCUCUAUACCGUAAUAAUUUUUGAUAGAUAUUUUGUAUUUUGUGAUGAUUGAGGACUGUGCAGGGCAAAAAAACGAUGUAUUGUCAUGUCCAGAGAGUGGGAAAAAUAGCUGCGUUGGAAGUAUCGUGGAGAGGCUGGAAUGCUCGUACAGUAACAAGUCUGAAAGAUUUCUGUUGAAGAAGAGAGAUUUCAACAGACAGUAUGCACAUAUCUAUUCAGUGAGGUUAAUGGAAAUGAGAAAAGUGGCCGCUUUAGCUGCACGUAGAAAAUGGGACGCAGUAAGUAUCAGAAAAACUGUUGAGUUGAAGGUUGGAGAAAGAUGCUGCUUGAUUGGAACUCUUUACAAGAAGAUGGAACUAAAGCCUUCCAUAUUAAAAGAGCUGAGUAUUGAGAACAACGUUAUACCUCAACCUUUAAGAGAGAAAUACAUAAGCGAAAACGACUACUUAAUUCUUGAGGACGAAGCUCAGCGAGUGAAGCUUGUUGGGAACAUUCCUUCUGAAUAUCUUAUUACAGGCUUGAUUAUCGCUGUGCUUGGGUUUGAGGAUGAUGCUGGAUAUUUUGCAGUGGAAAAUUAUUGCUUAUGUGGAUUGCCGGAACAAGAAGAUCCUACUAAGGAUCAAACUCUUCUUAAUGGAGAAGAUUGCUUUGUCGCAAUCAUGACUGGUCUUCAUUUUGGAAAAAAGGGUCAUGAUUGUCUUCAGCUUCAAAUGCUUAUUGAUCUAAUGACUGGGCAGCUUGGUUGCAUGAAGGAUCAUGACAAGAUCAGAAAAGUUGUUCGAAUCGUGAUCUGUGGUAACUCACUAAGUGCAUGCACGAGAGAUAAAGACAAAGAAUCUAAAGCGAAAUACUUGACUCGUAACACAAAAGCUGAUAGUGUUGAAGCCAUGAUGCAUUUGGACGAAUGUUUAUCACAGUUGGCGUCUUCUUCACCAGUCGAUAUUAUGCCUGGAGAGAACGAUCCCUGCAAUUACCAGUGGCCACAACAACCUUUACAUUCUUGUAUGUUUCCUAGAGCAUCGGCUUUCUCAACUUUCAAUAAUGUUACCAAUCCUUACGAAGCUUCGGUAGCUGGAGUGAGAAUUCUCUGCACUGAUGGUCGGAAUGUUAAUGAUAUAUUCCGAUUUUCUGAUCAUGCUAAAAGAAUUGACAUUGCCAAGUUAACUCUGGAUGGCGCUCAUAUUGCUCCUUCCGCCCCAGACACUCUCGGUUGCUAUCCCUACUACGAUGAAGAUCCUUUCAUCAUUAAAGAAUGUCCACACGUUUAUGUCAUUGGAAAUCAGCCUGAAUACCAGCAUGGUGUUGUGACAGGAAAGAUGGGGCAAAAGGUUAACAUUGUUUUGGUGCCAAAUUUCUCAUCGUCUGGGUGCUGUGUGUUAUUAAAUUUACGAACAUUGGAAUGUCAACCUGUGAUGUUUUUGUCUCGUUUGGAGCAUGAGAAUAACCAAUUAUACCAAAAGGAAUAAAGCAGGGCUAUACUUUUGUUAUACUAAUAAUAUUGUUACCCACUUCUUGACCCACUUCUUAAAAUUAACACAUCCCAACUGCUUGAACUUGUUCUUGGAGUUAAUAUGUGCUGUGUAACAUGUUCCAAUUGUUAAAAUCAUUUAUGAAAAAAAGGGAAAUUGUAUUUGCAAAGGGGAAACACGGUCAUUACCACGUAAUACACAGAUGAGCACUUGCUAAAAAAUACUUAUAACUGCUCAUAAACACUUGCUCAAAUGCUCAUGUCACAUGACUUAAACGAACACGUUCAUUUACAUACAGAUGUACAUAAUCCCAAUAGCAUCAGUUAAGAUUGGACCUUUAUCGGUCUUAUAAGCAGAUAAACUCACAUAAACACUCGCUCAAAUGCUCAUGUCACAAGACUCACAUGAACACGUUCAUUUAAACACAGACAUACAUGUCAAUAGCAUCAGUUAAGAUUGGCCUAUUAUCGGUCUUAUGAGUAGAUGAGCACUUGCUCAAAAAUACUUAUAACUGCUAAUAAGCACUUGCUCAAAUUCUCAUAAAUGCACAUUGAUACCUGAAAAAAUCACAUUUUAAAAAGGUAUUGCUGAGGGAAUGAGCUGCAAAUAUUGUGGAAAAGUAUUUAAUCGAGGGUUUAACUUACGCCGUCACGAUAAAGAGUACUGUCCACACAGGGAUCAGGAAGAAAUGUCUCAAUCAGAGGCAAACAGUCAGGAUAUACAGACUGAAGAUAAUGCUUCGACAAGUUCCACCGAUGAAUCUGAAUGUUUGAUGUCAACAGAAAGGGAUGCUAAGACUGAAGAAAAAACUGAUCCUUGGAUACCAUUGAUAGAAUAGGCAAGGUAAAGAAGUUGUGCAGAUUUUGAUAAGAUAAAAGAAAGCUUUUUGAACAGGGGUGGGGAUGAGCAGUCAGCUGAAGAUCAAACAUGUUCUAACAUUCUGCCAAAACUAAACAGAAAGAACUGGAAAGAAUUUACAUGCAACGUCAUAUGUGGAUAAACCAAUCGGAAAAAAAUCCCAUCCAAUUAAUGGAUACAAAAUUAAUGCAUACAAAAAAAGGGUUUAUAGAAAGCGACCACUUUGAUCCACAGUAAGCUAUAAAAACAGCCGUUGACAAGAGAAAGCUCCUUAUUAACAUAAUCCAAAGGUUCUCACUUCAUUGAUCACAUUUAUCAUCUUCAUUAUUGACUGUGUCAGAAAGCUGUAUUCUUUUAAAAGUCUGUUAAUAUUUCAAUGUUGCCUGAAUAGAUUAAAAUUUGCAGUUGUUUAUAGUAUGAAUAAAUCUUCAUGUGCAACAAAAA